AUGGCUAGCUUCACGGAGGAGGCAAUGGAUAGCUACAUGUAUUCAGGGUAUAACCCUUAUUCCUACAGGUAUUGCAAUCCUAAAAGUAAAGGCAUGAGCUGGAGGCAAAAGAACUACAUGACAAACUAUGGUGACUCUGGGGAGUAUUUUGACAACUAUCAAAGGGCCCAGUUAAAGGCCAUUUUGUCUCAGGUGAACCCCAACCUAACCCCAAGGCUGAGGAAGGCAAACACCAGAGAUGUGGGGAUUCAGGUGAACCCCAGGCAGGAUGCAUCUGUCCAGUGCUCAUUGGGGCCAAGAACUCUACGAAGGAGUGGAACUGUGAGGAAGCCUCAGCAAAGCCCUGAGGUUCCCGGAAGCCCUGUAUCUCCCACCAAGACUGUGCGCUUCCCCAGAACGAUUGCUGUGUAUUCACCUGUGGUUGCUGGAAGACUUGCCACUUUCCAGGAGGUGGAUGAUGGAUCUGAUAAGGCUGAAGAUGGGGUGAGCGAACAAGAAACUGAGAAUGAGAACAAAGAGGUCAGCAAUGUAGAUGGUGAGACCAAAGAAGAGCCUAAACAGGACAAAAGUGAGAGCCAGCUGACUGCUUCUCUUGGGCAGACAAGAUUGAGAUUCCAGUUCCUGGAGCAGAAGUAUGGCUACUACCACUGUAAAGACUGCAAUAUUCGCUGGGAAAGUGCCUAUGUUUGGUGUGUUCAGGGCACCAGUAAGGUGUACUUCAAACAAUUCUGCAGGACAUGUCAGAAAUCCUUCAAUCCCUAUCGAGUGGAAGACAUUAUGUGCCAAAGCUGCAAACAAACCAGAUGUGUGUGUCCUGUGAAGCAGCGUCAUGUAGACCCGAAGAGGCCCCAUCGCCAAGACUUGUGUGGGAGAUGCAAGGGCAAGAGGCUCUCGUGUGAUAGCACUUUCAGUUUCAAGUAUAUCAUAUGAUCAAUCCUGUUAUAUCUACUCCUACUGACCUGUUUCUUUGGCUAGAAGUGUGCGUGUUUUGUUUUUUUUGGAGUAGCUUAAUACACUGUAUUAUAAUAAAAAAAUGUCACAGCACUUCUGUCAGUAUAUGAAUAAAAUCUCCAGGUUAUG